ACUCCGCCCUGAGCGCUGCCGAGGCCCCACCCCGACGCACACGCCUAAAUGCGACUGCACGCCGCCGCUGCUUUUGCCACCUAGAGGUCUCUGCGAGUGCUGCAAACGCCCGGCCAAGGAACCUGAAGACUCACCAGAGAAGUGAGUGGAGCAAGAACUGUCCUCUACAGAUGGGAGCUUAACCUGUUCUGGCUCCUCCCACCCUAUCUGACCCCCUGGAUCAGGCAGAGGGGAAAGAGUAGAGUUUAAUCACAACAGUACCUGAUGAUGCUUUGUAAGGGUUGGAGGCCUCAAAGUACCUUUCAGCCAAGUUCCUGGCGUAAACACUGCUGUGUCCGGUCAUAGUGAUUGUUGAACCAUCAGGCAACAUCCAGCCACUGUGCCCCUCUGGGAGGCUGCUCUCUGAAAGGCCAGAGGCCUUGAGGCCCUGGGCCCUGAGAACCAUAGAUGGAGAAGAGGAACUACUAAGCACUUAUUGUGCUGGGAGUGAAUGGAGUCAUUAGAGAUCAGGGCUCACAGCUUUAAUGUCUGCCCUAAAGAAGUACCAGCUGUUAGACGAGAAAGACAACGUGGCUGUGAAUCUGUUGGGAAUGACAAGCUUCUGUGAUGAAGGGAAAAGAAAAAAAUUGAGAGGAGUCUGCUUCUGUGCUGUCGAACCUGAGAAAGGAAGCAGAAAACAAAUUUAAUUACCCACAUCAUGGCAAGGUACCGCCACCACUCAGGAUAUCUGGCUGAUGACGAGGCUGGUCACAACACCUACAUGGCUCCAAUGCAGCUGCACAAGAAGCACCUGUUGCCAGAAAGGGGGUCAGCCUGCAGACUUGGACGUGUGCCACACCUACCAUCGAUGAACCGAUACUCAGAGCACCAGGGCCACCAGCAAAAGCCUAGGCGCCCUCAGGUGUUUGGCACCUUCCUGGAUUUCCUGACAGAGGGACAGGUACUGGAAAGCUUGCAGGCAGUGGUGGAACAGGCAUCAGAGCGUUUGGCUGCCACGAAGACAGAGGCUGGAGUGCCACUGGUGGAUGUGCAAGACCCGUUGGAAGUGCCAAGUGGUAGGCAGCGGGCUCGAGCCAGACCCAGCAUCAACUCUGUGCAUCGGCGCCGCACUCGGCCCACACUGUGUGCUGGGCGCCCAAACAAUUACCCAUCUUGCUCCAGCUCCGUGUCUGACUGCCACAGCAGCAUCACAGCUGACUGGCUGGGCUCCCACAGCCAGGACAGUGACCCUGGUGCCCGAGGCAUAGGCUCACUGCCACCUAUGAGGGACAAACUCCUGCUUGAGAAAAACCUCAAGAGGCUACUGCGUCUGGAGAACAAAGGGAAAGGCCUGAAUCAAUCCUGCUCCCGGAGGGAUUCUCUGCUGUGGGACUCACUGGGCAGCCAGACCAGCAGUCAGUGGACCCGGGAGCAGCCCCUGUCUUGGGUCACUAGGCUUUGGGGCUCCAGCUCAACCACCCCUGAAACAUCAGAGUUGGGACUCGGAGAACAGGAGAUGAUUUUCCUUAAAGAAGAGUUAAACAAGGAGAUGAAGUCACUGUUAAACCAGCCAGCAUCCUUCAAUGUGCCUGCCUAUUGUUCACUCAGGGAACCCCAUUUACCCUGGACCUUUCUGGCUGAGCAUCGCCUCUUUCCUGCCCUGCAGCGUGUGGUCAGCCAGGCGGUAGACAAGCUCAGCCAUGCCUGCCGCCACGAUGGCUUCCUCUCUUCUCUGUUGCCUCGGAGCCCAACUCAGUGCUUGCCUGGGAACUCUGAUCUUCUGCAGCCAGACUCUAAGGCAUCCAUACCCACCAGCAGGGAGGAUGGGGUGGAGCCUUGUGAUUCUCCCACCACAGCCUCCAGCCUUAAGACAGCUCGCAAGAAAAGCAAGGGCAGACGGGAGUCCCCCUCCAUGUCUAACGCCCAGAUGACUACCAGAUUCAGGCUCAAGAGCCCUGGCACAAAGUUCCCGAAAAAGAAGCCUCUGCCGUCCAUCUCAUCUGUGUCCAGCUUGUCCUACAUCUCUAACCCCUGGUUUGAGGAGCUCACUAGCUUUUUGGUUGAGAAGGCAGUCUCUUUGCUUCUCUACAAGUACAAGUUUGAGGAAAGCCUCACUAAGCAACUUGGCUUCAUCUCCUUUCCUGUCACUGAGGUUCUCAUGGACAUCUUUCUGGGCUUCAAGAAGGUGAAGGGCAGCCACAUCCGUUUGUCCUCAGACAUCAACUGGACCCGCCUUCUGCGCAAAUUGGAAGAAGCCGAGUUGGCAAGGCAGGCCACGAGGCAUGCCUCCAGGCCAGCAGCCUCCACCCCCAGUACCUCCCGUGUUGGCACCUCCCGCCAUAGCUCAGAAUCUCCCUCCGUGCCACCCAAGCUUACUGGUGACGCCACGCAGGAUCAGAGUGCAGGGUCCCGAUUCUCCCUCCGACCUGAGUUGCCAAUCCGCCAGCUGCUCAGCCCUCGGGAUCCUGGUACAGGCCAGGAACAGAUGCCCAGGAGCCCUUCAGAGUCCAAGCUGUCUGUGUUCAGCGCUGGUAUGGGCUCCAGAUCCUCCCAGUCCAAGGAAAUAGUAAAUACUGAAGAGGGUGAGGACAGUGAUGAGGAGGAGGAGGGGGGAAGUGAAGAAGAUGAUCUCAAGAAUUCCUCUGAGGAUGAGCAGCCUUAGGUUAGCCUGCCUGAGCCUGAGGUGGAGGACUUUAUCAACGAGUCCAUUGUAAAGAGCCCCAAUGACUCCCCAUGAGACCCCUGGAAGCCACACAGAGUAGUCCCCUCUUUGCCUCCUCCUGCCCUAUCCCAGUAGCCGGCCCCCCGCCAGCCCCCUGUCCUGAGUAAGGGUCAGACAAACCAGUGCUCAGCAAGAGUUCUGCCAAUGUUAUCAAAGGAGCCAAGAGACAAAUGGAAAUAAAUGCCAUGUUGAUGGA